GCCGAGUGUGGGGAAGGAAGAAGAAAGAAGGCAGAGUGCGGAGAGUCGCGGCUGAAAGCGCUUCGAAGUUGGAUGAAUCAUCCGCACCCGCGAAAAAGUUGCAACAUCUCUAACCCCUCCAUCCGCUGAUAAACAACCCCGCCAUCCGCCUCCCAACCCAUCAUGGCUUCAGAGUCCAAGAUCCUGCCCAAGCAGGGCCAGCGCAACAUCCUGGUCACUAGUGCCUUGCCCUACGUCAACAACGUGCCUCACUUGGGCAACAUCGUUGGCUCCGUUCUAAGUGCCGAUGUCUUCGCCAGAUUUCACAAGGCAUGCGGACAUCAAACACUGUUCAUCUGUGGUACUGAUGAAUACGGAACGGCGACGGAGACCAAAGCUUUGGAGGAGAAGGUGACGCCGGAAGAGCUCUGCGCCAAAUAUAACAAGAUCCACCAGGAGGUGUAUGAGUGGUUUGAGAUUGGCUUCGAUCACUUCGGUCGCACCCCGACAAAGCAGCACACCGAAAUCUCUCAGGCCAUCUUCAAGAAGCUGUACGAGAACGGCUAUCUGACCGAAAAGACGGCGGAGCAGCCGUUCUGUGAGACCCAUGGAUCUUUCUUGGCGGAUCGCUACGUGGAGGGAGAGUGCCCUCGGUGCCAUUAUGACGAUGCUCGUGGAGACCAAUGUGACAAGUGUGGGCAUCUUCUCGAUCCUUUUGAUCUCAUCAACCCGCGCUGCAAGCUCGACGGCGCUACCCCCAUCCGCCGCUCGACGAAACACAUCCACCUCCUCCUCGACAAGCUUCAGUCUCAGAUUGAGGCCUGGUCUCAGAAUGCCAUCGAAAAGGGUGACUGGCCCAAGAACUCGCGUGUCAUUACCGAAUCCUGGUUGAAGGAAGGCCUGAAGGACCGCGGCAUCACGAGAGAUCUCAAAUGGGGUGUCCCUGUGCCUUUGGAGGGCAUGGAAAACAAGGUGCUCUAUGUCUGGUUCGAGGCCUGCAUUGGAUACCCCUCCAUCACUGCCAACUAUACCCCGGAUUGGGAGCUCUGGUGGCGCAAUCCGGAGGAUGUCCAGCUGUAUCAGUUCCUGGGCAAGGAUAACGUUCCAUUCCACAGUGUUAUCUUCCCAGGCACCCAGCUGGGAACCAAGGAUAAGUGGACCAUGCUUCACCACCUGAGUACAACGGAAUACUUGAACUACGAGGGUGGCAAAUUCAGCAAGUCUCGCGGCAUCGGUGUCUUUGGCACUAGCGCCAGGGAGACGGGUGUGCCCCCGGAUGUGUGGCGCUACUAUCUCCUGAAGAAUCGUCCCGAGACCGGAGACACUCAGUUCGAAUGGCGCUCCUUUGUUGAGAGCAACAACAGUGAGUUGCUGGCCAAACUGGGCAACCUCGUCAAUCGUGUCAUCAAGCUCGUUAUUGCAUCUUACGGCUCAGUUGUUCCCGAAUUCACUGUUCCCGAAAGCUUCCAGCCUACCUUGGACGAGGUGACGGCGACUCUCCAGCAAUACGUUGAAGAAAUGGAGGGUGCGCACCUCCGCGCCGGUGUCACCAGCGCGAUGAAGCUGGCUGAAAUCGGAAACGGGUUGAUUCAGGCUAACCGCCUUGAUAACUCCUUGAUUGCCAACGAACCCGAGCGUGCUGCGGCGGUCGUCGGUACUGUGCUCAACUUGAUCCAUCUCCUGGCUAGCGUUUUCGCUCCCUACCUUCCCGCCACGUCCAAGUCGAUCAACGAACAGCUCAACGUGCCAUUCGGAUUGAUCCCCUCUCUGGAGGAUAUCAAGGACGGCUGGAAGCCGGCUGUCAUCAAGUCCGGUCACAAAAUCGGAAAGGCCCAGUACCUUUUCUCCCGGAUCGACCCCAAGAAGGCCGAUGCAUGGCGUGACAUGUUCGGUGGCUCCCAGGCGGACAGGCAGAAGAAGGAGGAAGAAGCUGCCAAGGCAGCGGUCAAGAAGGCCGCCAACGCCGCCGCCAAGGCCAAGAAGAAGGAGAAAAAGGCCAAGGCUGCUGCCGAGGCUGCCGCUGCUGGUGGCGAGCCUGUAGAGGCCUCCGCCAAAGGAGGUGCCCAGGCCACGGAUGUCACCAGCGAUGCCGUCGAGAAGGUCACCGAUGGCGUGGCCCAGGUCACGAUCCCCUCAUCCUAAAUAGAAUUCAACCUAGUCCGUACUCGAACGACAGCGUCUAUAGAGUGCAGUGACUACUGACUCCUUGAUAUCCUGAUGAUUAGAGCGUUCUGUCUUUGUUAGGUGUUGAUACAUACAGACAUGUGUCAGGGUCGAUAUGAGCUACGAUACAGGUGAAAUAAGGAAUUGAUCGAUGGGUACUAGUUCACUAGUUAGUUCUGGUUGUCUUGCUUUAGUUUUUCCUUUCCGCCUUUCAACAAUACUCCAGACUUCAACAUGGGUUUAAAUUCAUUUCAUUUUCUUUUCUUCUUUUCUUUC